UUUUAUCCUGUUGGUUUGGGGGUCAUGGAUGAGUUUGGCUUUGCUGCACAGCCUCCAGAGGCCGCUGGUAUGUUAGCCCUCGCUGCUCUGCAGUCAGGUGGCAGCUAACAGCUGGCAGCAUCGCUCCUUAUCGAUUAACCGCUGGAAACGAUCCUGGUGGAGGGAGGACACUGCUGUGGAAACAUGGUGGCCAGCCUCCAGUCUCUCCCCAGGUGUCCCCGGCAGCCUGCAGUGAGAUCCCCGUGCCCAGGCAGAGAGGGGGGCCGAGGCUGGAUCGCUGCCCCAGUUCCAUCCAGCAGAGGCAGGGGGCCGGAGCCAGGGUGCACCCCUCAAGCCCAACCAGCUGCCUUCCAGGAAGCUUCGAAGCCAGCAGACCUCGAGAGCAGCAGAGUUUGGAGGAGCUUCUUCAUGUGAACAGCCAUUUUUUCCAGGCAUCCACCCAGCCUAGAGCCAGCAUGGUGUACAGGGUCCCUUUAUCAAACAGAGCAUUCUUGCUGCAAAGCCGGGGACCAUAAAAGCAGUGUCCUGCUCGCUUGAGGACUUUGGAGACGGGACAAGGCUGUUCUGCCUGGUCUGAGGACAGCUGCUGGAGACACUGCCGCUGCUGUUGCCGCUUCUGCUGGGAUGCGGAUCUUUGCGGGGCCUCUGCUUUUCGUGUAACAACGCUCGAUUCCUCUCAAAGUUGCGGGAGGGCAAUCAACAAUCUCAUCCUUGUUCCUCAGAGAGCGCUGGCAACUCACUGUGCGUGGAGUCAAACCAGCACAGGAUCCCCCAUCUCGACGCGUCACACACUGACCAGGACUGCACUGCUGUUAUGUCUGAUCUUGACGCAACAUCAGCUUGAGAUUCUCCUCCUAAGAGAAACCGAAUAAGCUCGUGCUCCCGUCACCCCUGCCUGUGAUUUCCAUAUGAGAAUCAGCAGCAGGCAGAAGUGGCCACGGACUUUCAACUUCACAUAAGAACAACAGGGGACAAAACUUCCAAGGACAGACAAAAGAAGACUGUUAAGAACCUUGAGGACACCAAACAAAGCCUUUUUUUUUGUCUCGGAGCAGUUCUAGUGGCCUUCGCCAACAGCCAUGCAGGUGUCCUUUGCAUGUACGGACCACGGGCUGAAGGCCCCGCGUAACGGCGAGCACAGCAAGCAGAAUGCCACCAGCCCCAACACAGCCAGCCAGGCCCGCGCCCGCUUCCGCACCGUGGCCCUGAUAGCUCGCAGCCUGGGCUCCUUCACCCACCGCUACCACCACAACCUCAAGGAGUCCACCGCCAAGCUCACCGGCAUGAAGUACCGGAACCUGGGGAAAUCUGGGUUGCGUGUCUCCUGUCUGGGGCUUGGCACAUGGGUAACAUUUGGAGGUCAAAUCUCUGAUGAGGUGGCAGAGCAGCUGAUGACUAUCGCCUAUGAGAGCGGGGUCAACCUGUUCGACACGGCUGAGGUCUACUCCGGGGGGAAAGCAGAGAUAAUCCUUGGAAACAUCAUCAAGAAAAAGUGCUGGAGGAGAUCCAGUCUGGUGAUCACCACAAAGCUUUACUGGGGAGGAAAAGCGGAGACGGAGAGAGGCCUCAACAGAAAGCACAUCAUCGAAGGUUUAAGGGGCUCCCUCCAGAGGAUGCAGCUCGAGUAUGUGGACGUGGUUUUUGCCAACCGGCCAGACAGCAACACUCCCAUGGAGGAAAUAGUGAGAGCUAUGACGCAUGUGAUCAACCAGGGGAUGUCCAUGUACUGGGGGACGUCUCGGUGGUCCGCCAUGGAGAUCAUGGAGGCAUACUCUGUGGCCCGGCAGUUUAAUCUAAUUCCACCAGUGUGUGAGCAGGCAGAGUAUCACUUCUACCAGAGGGAGAAAGUAGAAACUCAGCUGCCAGAGCUCUACCAUAAGAUAGGUGUGGGUGUGGUGUCUUGGUCCCCUUUGGCCUGUGGAAUCAUCACUGGGAAGUAUGAAAAUGGCGUCCCAGAAUCCUCCAGAGCCGCAAUGAAGCCAUACCAGUGGUUGAGGGAGAAAAUAAUGAGUGAGGAUGGGAGAAAACAACAAGCCAAGCUUAAGGAACUGGCACAUAUCGCAGAGAAGCUCAGCUGUACUCUGCCACAGCUCGCCAUAGCCUGGUGCCUGAGGAAUGAGGGAGUGAGCUCAGUGCUGCUGGGAUCCUCCAAUGCAAGCCAGCUAACAGAGAACUUGGGAGCCAUACAGGUAAUUCCAAAGAUGACGGCGGGAAUUGCCUCAGAAGUCGAUCAUAUACUCGGAAAUCGUCCUCACAGUAAAAGGGACUACCACCAUUAGGAUGGACCCUGUUUUAGAGAACUUUGCUUGAAAAAGCCUAUCAAAGCUCACUCCUCACAGCCAUGGCGCCGUAACUGUGUGCCCAACUUUGCUUGUGUGCGCGUAUGACUGUAUGUGUGACUAAUGUGUUCUGCUUGGCUCCUUGUCUGUAUGAAGAUCAACCAGUACUCAUAUUAUAAAGUGAGCUACUUGACAAAACAUGCAUGCUACAGCUAAAGCAGCCGGCCACUGGACUGAAGAAAAGUUAGAAGAUCCAGAGAGAUGAUUUCUGGAUGAAAAAAUCUUCCACUCUAUGAAGCUGCUGGAAUUUAAAGAAGCAUAAAAUUGUUUUACAGAGAAAUAGAUUACUGCACGAUCGAGCUGAUUGAAAUAUAGCAUGUGCCAGUUACAAACAGUCAUGAUUUUCUGAAUAAGGGUGUCAUUACGUCAAGAAAACAAAAAGUAGGUAUCACAUAAGUUCAUGGCAGUGCGGUAAGUACAUGAAAAAAGAUAAGGUGUAUCAAAAUGUACCCAAUGUUAGAGAAAUGACUUACUAGAUGUUUGUGACGUGAAGAAAAAAAUCAGUCAUGACGUGUGUAAUUGGGCCUGUUCUCAGCAGACGGGAUGAGAUAUGCUCACACCACCCAUUGCAGCUGGAGCUGGCCUGUCAACAUGAUGAAUUGUUUCAGUACUGGAUGAACUGAAAUUCUGCUCACAGUGUUGUGAAUACCAAGAGAGCUAAGUAAAACUAAAAUAUGUUUCAAAAAACAUCUGUACUGACUGUUAUAUAUAAUAUAUAUUUUCCUUAUUAAGCAGCUAUAUCAGAAUAAGCUCUUCAUAUCCUUGUGUUGUAUUGUUUUUUUCUUUUUCACUUAUGCAAAAGUACAGCAUAGUGUACUUCCCUUUUGUGCCCCUUCAACCCAUUUUAAUUUGGACUAUGCCAGACUUUCUGUCAGUAAUGAUAAUGUCUGAUUCAUUAAUUUCAGUCUGUGUUGUGAUUAAAACUUUUGUCUAGUAGAAGUUGGGGAGAUGGUCCUCCUUAGGGGGAGCUUGUGAAUUUAACAAACAAAGCCAUGUAGCUAUUAAGAGACUCAGUUAAAAAAAAAAAAAAACAACAACAUAUGGACCCCUGCAGUCAUUGCACCUGGUACUCUUACCCAACUUCAAAAAGCCAGAUUUACAUAAUGGGAUGAUCUUGGUUACGUUCUGUCUGUUCAAAAAAAUGCAUUUUGUGUCCCUCAUCAGAUUUGUACAUACUAAUAAAGAGCUUAUAAUUCUCAUGUGAUAUGUUUUAGAAAAUCUAUAGUUAUUUUCUAUUAAUUAACCUAAAUGGAUGCCUUCCAAUUUUUUGCCCCUUACAAAGUGAAAUAACAAAGCUAGAGUAGACUUAUUGUUUGCUGAGUUAAAAUGUAAACCGCAGUAAAAAAAACCUGUGACUUGAAAUACUCUGCUGUAGUUACUGCUGUUUGCUGUUGGGGUUUGUCUGUGUCUUCCUGUUUUAUAAUAAAAUAAUGUGUGAAUUA